AUUCGGUCACACUUUAGGUGAUUGUAAUAAAUAAGAAACAGGCCUGGUUUUGUAAAAAAAAAUAAUCAAAAUCUAGUUAAUUUUUAGCAGUAAACCCGAUAUUCGUGUUUUAGCCGCUCACAUUCUCCCGCAAGACUCACGACACCCCAAAAAUGCCCCGGUACAAGGAGUGGGACCUGGCCUGCAAAGUGUAUGUCGGCAACCUGGGCAGCUCCGCGUCCAAGUACGAGAUCGAGGGAGCUUUCAGUAAAUACGGACCAUUGCGCAACGUAUGGGUGGCCCGUAAUCCGCCAGGUUUCGCCUUCGUGGAGUUCGAAGACCGACGGGACGCGGAGGAUGCAAAGCGUGCUCUGGACGGAACACGCUGCUGCGGCGCCAGAAUUCGCGUGGAGAUGUCAUCGGGGCGUUCCCGGCGCUACAGGAUAACUCCUUCGGCUAGAACUACUUCCACUGCUACUUCUUCCUUCUUCAACAUCAACAAUCUACAACAGCAACCAUCUUCACAGCCACAGCCAACAACCUUCAACUUGCAACUCCAAAUUACCCAUGUUCAGCGUCACAGCCUCACAGAAGUUUUGAUUAGCAACCCAAAUGAUUUCAUCGUAGAAGAAGCAUUGCAGUCGCCAAAGAGUUCUACUAAUGAAGUUAUCCCGCGUAUCCCUCAGAUAAUUGCUUACAAAUAUUUUUUUUAAUUUAGUGUUUAAUAACAGGGCUCGUCUUGGCGGUUUAUUGAGCUUUCUCGGCGAUUUUACUUUUUACUUGCUGGCCCAAGUUCGUUUCAAAGGAAGUAUUAUAGAUUUGUCCGUCGAUUUUGUCAUUGCGAAUUUGUCCUUCCAAAAUGUGGAAAGAUUUAAAUUAACCAAGUAGCUACAGGGUUUUCCUAAAACUUUCUAUUAACUUUUUAAUUUGCUCUUUGCCACAUAAAUACUCAAUACCAAAUUGGAUUAUACUUACCUUAACUUAAAUUAGAUCAAAAAGUUGCACAGCUUUCAUUUCCUGUGAAUAAUGUUAUAUUGCGAAUAAGAUUUUGCCAAACCCGCAUUUACCUGAUAGUGUCACAUUUUUUUGUACAGCUUUUUGUAAGUCGCGUAUGUACAUACACUUUUAAAUAUUCUAAGCAGAAAGUUGACUUGUAGUUUUGUUAAUAUUAUUAAUUUUCUUUUCUUUACC